AUGCUCGAAUGGGUAGCCAAAGUGAAGUUCCAUGCUGAUCUCGCUCCUAGCAAUCAACUGAAGUCGUACGCCUACCACGCGGCAGAGGCAACGCCUUUACCACCAAUGCGACGGUAUGAAGCUGGUUCACGAUCUAGUGACGAAUUACCUCCGAUGCCAAUGCGUCGUAGUACUCGAGAAGAAACUUCACGUCCGACUUCACGAGUGUCGGCUUUUGACGCUUACGACGGUGCACAAACGAACUCGCCGGCUCGGUCGACUGCUGGACAACACAAUGAAUACAAUUCACUACCACGUGGAACUUCGAUUGUUGUCGAGUCGCCCCUUCGCCUCUGCUCAACCCUUCCAAGAGGAACCAGAACGGGUCAACCUACUCGAGUUGACUCAUUCAACUCACUCAACAGUUCUACAUCCAAUAUGCCAGUACUUUUCGAACCACGAAAAGCAACUGUGGCUCGACGUCCAAGCAGACGACAAUCAAUCUACGCAGAAAGCAUUUACGGUGAUAUGGAUGAUGUAGUGGAGGUUGUUGAAGCAGUGGUUGUGAACGGAGGUGCAUCGAGCUCCCUCACAUCGCCGCCUAACAUACCUCCAUCAUCAUCAAAUGGGUAUACGGUUAGUUCGCUCUUUCAAACGUUUUCACAAUUACUUAUACUACAUUUUGAAGCUAAUUUGGAGCAGAACUGUACUGAAACAGGUGAGGUGAAGGGAAGGGAGUUGCUCGUAGCUGCGAUUGUGGUCCCUGAUGCUUGUCCUAGUUUCAGUUUCGGGUAA